CAAACCGGCUUUUCCAAGCAGCAGCUCGCAGCUUUUUUGCCCUGUUUCUCUUUCUUUUUCUUUUUUCCCUUUUUUGCCUCGCAGCAUCCCAGCGGUGCCAAUCUAACUUUCUGCCCCCUUCCUCUUGUACUUCUUCACCCGUCUCCGGGAGAGAAGUCAGUUCCUGGGAAUUAAAGGAGCUGGUUCGGUUUUGUCCCCCCUUUAUCCUUUUCUUUUCCGCUUCUUUUUUGUACUUCUUGGAUGCGCAUGGAUGUGGCAGCAGCGGAAGCGGGCAUGUCUCAGCCGGGUAUCCGACUCCGGAAUCGGGAGACGCAAGUGAUGCCGAACCAGAAGAAGGUGAAAGCGCGGCGGAAACGGCGAAAGGAGUUGGUUUUAAUCCAGAUAUGCUUGUUCGGCGGCUUGCUCCUGGUCGUUAAAGGGUUUUCCUCCUUAGCGGAAAAUUCAGGUUUUGAUGUCUCCAGCCACAGCAGCGAGGACCAGGAGAGGUGGGUCGGAAGGAGACUGCUGCAUGAAACAGACAACAGCAGCCUGGAGGAAAUAGAGAUCGAAGAAGGACCGAAGAACUGCACCGCUCCAGCUCUGCACGAGUUCCCUACAGACCUGUUCACGAACAAAGAGCGGACGGAAGGAGCUGUGGCCUUGCACGUCCUGUGUACCAUAUACAUGUUCUGCGCUCUGGCUGUCGUCUGCGAUGACUACUUCGUCCCCUCCCUGGAGAAGUUAUGUGAGCGUCUCCAUCUCAGCGAGGACGUCGCAGGUGCGACCUUCAUGGCCGCAGGCAGCUCGGCUCCCGAGCUCUUCACGUCCAUCAUAGGAGUUUUCAUCACCAAAGGUGACGUCGGUGUCGGGACCAUCGUGGGCUCAGCCGUCUUCAACAUCCUCUGCAUCAUCGGCGUGUGCGGCUUCUUCGCCGGCCAGGCGGUGAAGCUCUCUCACUGGGCUCUACUCCGAGAUUCAAUUUAUUACACGUUUUCUGUGACAGCCCUCAUCGCGUUCAUCUACGAUGAGAAGGUGUGCUGGUGGGAAUCUCUCGUCCUGAUCCUCAUGUAUGCGGUCUACAUCCUCAUCAUGAAGUUCAACGGCCGGGCGCAUCGUUACUUCGACCGUCGAAAGAAGGGCUCUGUGAAUCUGGCCAAUGGGCUCACGGGAAGCACUGACCUGGAGGAUAAUGUCACCUGUGAUGCGACUGCAGUCCUGCUUAAAAAAGCUAACUUCCACUGUACGCCGUCCGUGUUGAUGGUGGAUGAGCUGCUGUCUGCCUACCCCCACCAGCUGUCUUUCUCUGAGGCCGGCAUGAGGAUCAUGAUCACGAGUCAUUUCUCCCCGAGAACCCGCCUCACCAUGGCCUCUCGCAUGCUGAUCAAUGAGAGACAAAGACUGAUCAACACCACAGAGACUCGAGUCAAUCGCAUCACGAAUGGCGACUCGGAGUCCGCGUCCAGGGCUCAGGGGAGGCGGGGCCUAGAGAACGGGAUGGGCGAAGUUGAGCAGAGCGUGAACGGGAGGUGCAGACUGCAGCGCUUGGAGAACGAGACCGAGAAUGAAAACGAGGAUAACGAGAACAACGAGAACGACGAGGAAGGAGAGGGCGAGGAUGAGAACGAGGGCCCCCUGGUGCCUUUUAAAGUUCCAGCGGGUGCGUGCAACAAGCUCAAGUGGCUGACCAUGUGGCCGUUGUCCCUGCUUCUGUUCUUCACGGUGCCCAACUGUGCCAAGCGCCGCUGGGAGAGGUGGUUCAUGGUCUCCUUCUUCACCGCCACCAUCUGGAUCGCCGGCCUCUCGUACAUCAUGGUGUGGAUGGUGACUGUGAUCGGCUUCACUCUCGGCAUCCCUGACGUCAUCAUGGGCAUCACCUUCCUGGCGGCGGGCACCAGCGUCCCAGACUGCAUGGCCAGUGUUAUAGUGGCGCGGCAAGGUCUGGGAGACAUGGCCAUUUCCAACUCCAUAGGCAGUAAUGUGUUUGACAUCCUGGUGGGUCUGGGCCUGCCCUGGAUGCUGCAAACGCUCUGCAUCGACUACGGCUCCAACAUCUAUCUUAACAGCAGAGGACUCAUAUUUUCUGUUGCACUCCUGCUAGCCUCGGUGUUCUUCACAGUCCUCGGCGUCCAUUUAAACAAGUGGACUCUGGACUGGCGACUGGGCCUCGCCUGCCUCAUCGUGUACGCCAUCUUUCUGUGCUUCUCCAUCCUCAUCGAGUUCAACGUUUUCAUUUUUGUCAACCUUCCCAUGUGCCGAGACAUCCACUGACCUCCCGCCUCCUCCUCCCCCUCCUCCUCUUCUUCUUCUUCUUCUUUUUCUUCUAAUUCAUCCUCUGGCUGAUGGAGGAACCUCAGCUGGCUUCCAGUUUCAGUGACGCCUCCAAACAAAGUCCCACCUUUUACCUUUUAGUAAAAUAGAGUUCUGUAUGAUUUAUAUCUGGUGCAAUACACACGAGUGAGAGAGAGAGAGGUUUUAUUUUUUGAGGAGCAGACUGGAGGCGCGAAGAGAAAGUGCCAGCAGGGGGGACUGCUGUCAGUCAUGUAUGAUGAACCCAAAGGUUGACUGGAGAGAACGUGACUGUAUGAACACUGACAGUUAGGCUACUGUUGGUGAACAAGCUGCUACUGUAACGACUGAGGCGAGAAAAGAGCAAAAUCAGCGAUUUUUAGCUGGAUUGUUUGUUACUCUUUCUACAAGUUUGGAUAUAAAGCACACGAUUAAGGUAUUUUUAAGCAAAAACUGGCUCUCUCUGUAUAUAUUAGAAGUACUUAUAUUGGCUUUUAUGUGGAAUCCUCUUAUGCACAACUGGAUCGGCCGUGCAGAGCCGAUGACAGCGAUGAUAUUUUGUGUUUUACAUUAGGCUCGAAAUGCUUCGGCGUGUCUCCUACCAGCCAGCACAGCAUGCUGUAACAGCCUCUAGCUUUGCCCCGUCACAGAGAACCUCGAUAUUUAUCACACCAAGUCUGCUUUUGGCUGUUUUCUUUGUCGUAUCUGAGUAGAUGUGGGCUUUCGUGUUUUUCCCACGCAGUGUAAAGGGAUCUACUUGGAACUGGCAUCCAGCACCGUCACUUUAUGGAGUAGAGAUUUAUUUCUUUUAAUAUCCUAUUGCAAAGCGUCUACAGGUCAACAUGUAACUACUGAAGUUAACCUCCCCUGUGGGCGGGAGGACCUCUCGUACUUUAUCGAAAGGGUUAGUUUUUAGUCUCAGUCGAGUAUAACGUUAUUUCUUAAAGCCAAAAGUAUUUUUAGAGUAGAAGUUGUAGAUUUGGACUUAAGAGUCGAAUGCACAGCGUGUGUGUGUGUGUGUGUGUGUGUGUGUGUGUGUGUGUGUGUGUGCGUGCGCGUGAGCAUGUGCCACAAUCUGGAGGAGAUACGAAGCAUGCCGAGGAUGUUACUGGGAAGACAUAAUCAUGAUUUAUUUAUGAAUUAACUUAUUCAAAGAUCAUGUCUGACCUCCAGUUUCAGCCCUUUGGAUUGUACAGCGCUUUCAGUGGAAACUGUGUACAUGUACUGUACCUAAUAUAUAAUCUAAGUACUGGAAACUGACUUGAUGUUGUUUAUAUUUAAGAAUAGAACUUUAUAAUUUAUAAGUUUUGUAUAGUUUGGAAAUGUUGCAGCGUUCCUCUCACUGGUUCGGACGUGCUGCCCUCACACGUUAAAUUAGGAAUGAAAUAUUGAUGUAAGGAUGAAAAAGGAAGUGAUGAAACACCAGACUUUGAACUCGUUUCUGUCACACAGUGUUGGGAUGACUGUGCCGGCUCGUGUGUUUGAGGCUCGUGGCUGUUCUCCUGUGCGUGUCUGAGGACCACUCUUAUCGAUAUUGCCACUCUGCUUCAGCAUGUGUUCAAACAAAAUGUGGAAGAUUUUUAUUUCAGUGUUAGGAUUUAAUGAAGUCAGCACAUCCUGCAGCCACAAGAUGGCGCUGUAGAAGUGUGUUACACCCCCCGGGGGAGGCUGUGGUUUGGGUAUAUUUGAGUAUAUUUUCAGAUAGGCUACAUAGUGACACAUACUGUUCAGUUUUGCAUGCCUCUUUCAUAGUUCUGAUUAUUUUGUGUGUAAUUUUAAUGCAACAUCUAAAAGGCACUGUUUUGAUUAUGCUGUACAUAUCAGGAGGAAUAUGCUAUGAUAAACGCAGGUGUUGGAAUAACUUCUGAUGAGCAGUUCUAUUUGAGGUAUAUCCAGUAUUUAGCCCGUAGGCCUACAGCAGGUAGAUUUCAGCUAAUUCUUGUUUUAUGCUCAUGUCUGUUCACUUGUUUGUAAAUCCUCAUUUUUGUUGAUGAGCUCUGGGCGGGGAGAGGCAGACAUGUUCACCCCUGUUCCCAGUGAUCUUCUUACAAUAAACUGAUUUACAUGCA